UUCCUGGAAGGUCUUCAACAAAAGUUUUGUGUUAUCUAUCCUACUGGAUCUUAUCACAAUUAAGUUGCAAUUAACCAAGAAAAACUUGGUCCAUUCCUAUUUAAUAAGAACAAACUGGGUGAAGAAAAAAAAGAGAAAAAACUUAGAGAGAGUGAGAGAGAGAGAGGGAGCAAUUAUAUUGUAAUUAUAGAUGACUAAAAUCAUGUAUUGGGCAAGCAUGAUGUUGUUGGUGGUAGUGUUGUUGUUGGAUGUGGUUGAAGCUAAGUGUGGAAAGAAAGGCCCAAAUAUCAGAUUCCCAUUUGGGCUAAAAGAUGACCAAAAUCAACCACCUUAUCCUGGCUUCCAGCUAUCAUGCAGUGGCAUAAACACACUUCUUGAGUUCCCUAAAUCAUCUUUGAAGCUCUUUGUAAAACAUAUUGAUUACAAAGCUCAAGUAAUUGAACUUUACGACCCUCAUAACUGCCUUGAGAGACAUGUCAUGAAUAUCCAGGACUUGCCAUCAAUUUCUCCAUUUCAAUUUGUGGAAGAUGUCCUCUUCAAAUAUACCUUGUUCAAUUGUUCAAACGAUGGAGAAAAACAAAAUUCUUAUGGAUUCAUCCCUUGCCUUGGUGGCCCUGGUUAUCAAAUUUAUUUCUCUGACUCACGCAUUGCAAUUAAAUACUUGCCCAUACAUUGUACCAAGUUGAAUAAUACUUCAUCUCUUCCAAAUGUAAGGACAUGGAAGAACAGACUACGUUUGGAAUGGCUUAAACCAAAUUGUCGUCAUUGUGAAACAAAAGGGAAGACUUGUCAACUCAAAAAUGCCACCCAUCUCCAAUCAAUUGCAUGUAUUCUUCCCAAAGGAGAAAAGAAGAAGUAUGUCACUAUUGGUGCUACCCUUGGUGCUGCAGUAGUGACAGUAGUGCUUAUUCUAAUUUAUCGUGCUUACAGCUCUAAUAAACAGGGAAAAGAGUACAAAUUGAGAAUAGAGAGAUUUUUGGAGGAUUACAAGGCUCUAAAGCCUAGCAGAUAUUCAUAUGCUGAUAUUAAGCAGAUUACAAGUCAAUUAUCUGAAAAAUUGGGAGAAGGAGCUUAUGGAACAGUUUACAAAGGAAAGCUCUCUACCGAUUUUUUCGUUGCAGUGAAAAUUCUUAACAGCUCAAAAGGCGAUGGAGAAGAGUUUAUAAAUGAAGUUGGAACAAUAGGUCAAAUUCACCAUAUCAAUGUGGUUCGGUUGGUUGGAUAUUGUGCGGAUGGAGCUAGAAGAGCUCUUGUGUACGAGUUCUCACCCAAUGGAUCAUUGCAACAGUACAUAUCUUCUCCAGAUUCUGAACAUUUUCUUGGAUGGGGAAAGCUAAAAGACAUUACUUUAGGCAUUGCCAAAGGAAUUGAAUAUCUUCACCAAGGGUGUGAUCAACGAAUACUUCAUUUCGAUAUCAAACCUCAUAAUGUCUUGUUAGACCAAAACUUCAUUCCAAAAAUUUCUGAUUUUGGUUUGGCCAAGCUGUGUUCCAAGGAUAAAAGUAUUGUGUCAAUGACUACAGCAAAAGGGACCAUGGGUUAUAUUGCACCUGAAGUUUUCUCUAGAAAUUUUGGAAUUGUUUCUUACAAGUCAGAUAUUUAUAGUUUUGGAAUGAUGUUACUCGAAAUGGUUGGAGGAAAGAAGAUAACUAAUGUGAAAGAGGAAGUUUAUUAUCCGGAAUGGAUCUAUAAUCUCUUAGAAGAAGGAGAAGAUUUGCGAAUUCAUGUUGAUAAAGAAGAAGAUGCUGAGAUUGCAAAAAUGUUAGCAAUUGUAGGACUAUGGUGCAUUCAAUGGCAUCCUACAGAUCGUCCUUCUAUGAAAGUUGUGAUUCACAUGCUGGAAGGAGAACAAAAUUUGACUUUGCCACCAAAUCCUUUUACCUCUAGUGAUUCAACAAAAACAAGAGUUGAUAUGCCAAGAAGGAGAAUGAACUUGGAAUUAGAAACUAUAACUGAGUUGGAGUGAUAUAAUUUAACGACAAGUUUGUAUUUACUUUGUAUAUGUUUAAGAUCUAUGCACUUGAAUGUCAACAUGGUGAGAUAAUAACAUUUUCAUA